UAAAACUUACAACGAAGUGAUAAACGCUCCUCUAUGUGUAAUUUGGCAAGUUGUCGGUUACGGUUGUGUUUAAGGUAAACAUAUAGAUCACCGAGUUCAAUUUCGAGAAACAAACGGGUUCAAGUGAUGGCCUUUUUAUAAAAGGCACUUUUACAAACAAUAAAUAAAACAUCUGAACGGAAGGCCUGCUUCUUUCUUGUGUGUGUGUUUUUUUUUUUUGGGUGCGAAGGUUCGUCCAAACGAAGCGCAGUGUCUCGCACAAGUUUGGAGUCAACUCGAAAGUUGCUGUGAAGGAAGGGAUGAGUAAUCCACGUAAAAGGUCUUUGAGAUCUCAAGUGUAUAAAAGUCAGUCGAGUUCCCCCCACUAUAUAGAAGAUGACCAGACCUCCAGCAGUCCAUCAAGAGACAGUGACUUGUCUUCACCUAGUGAGCCAAUACAAACUAGAGCCAAAAGCAGGAUUAAGAAAAUGUCAAAUCAAGAUUUCAGUUCUGAAGUUUCUCUAGAGCUUUCUCAGUCCAACAGUGAGAAGUCUGAAAUGGAUCAUGCAAUCAACCCCAGAGGGAGGCUGUUGAAAUUGGCAUCCAGUCCAGGGCCUACGUCACCCAAGCGGGCACGCCAUGGCAAUGCUGAAAGUCAUAAUACAUCUCCAGUAUCUGAUGUUGCUUUGGCUGUUAGCAGCUUGGAACGGUCAGAGUUAUGCAUGGACAGCCUGUUUGAAGCAGUGAAAACAUCAAGAACUGCUAUGGUGGUGGUGGUGGAUGAUUGGAUAGACAGAUACAAGACAGAGAGAAAACUAGGUCUGCUGGAGCUCAUAAACUUCAUCAUUCAUUGCUGCGGGUGCAAAGGUGUCGUGACACCAGAGUUGUUCAAAGACCUGCAAAAUGCACAGAUUAUUAAUCAACUAACCAAGGAGUUCAAGAAGGAUUCAUCCUGUUAUCCCUUGUCCAUGAGCACCCCUGAAUGGAAAAAGUUUGGUGCAAAUAUGAGCGAGUUUCUAAGCAUACUAGUACAACGCUGCCAGAAUAGCAUCUUGUAUGAUGAUGGCCUGAUGGACUCUGUGAUCCCCUUCCUCACUGGACUUUCAGAUUCCCAAAUUCGAGCAUUUCGACACACUGGGACCUUGGCAGCAAUGAAACUGGAGACAGCCCUAGUCAGGGUUAUUGUAAAUUUAAAUUCUCAAUUUGAGACAAACAAGCGACAGUAUGAGACUGAACGCAAAAAAGGAAUGAAAAACAGAGCAAGUGACAAACUAGAAGCUCUUGAGUGCAAGCACAAUGAGCUGUUACAGAAGCAGGAGGAUGUGAAGGACAUGAUAAACAGUUUAUUCAAAGGAGUCUUUGUACACCGUUACAGAGACUCUAUUCCAGCAAUCCGAGCUUUGUGCAUGCUGGAGAUUGGAGUAUGGAUGAAGCUGGAUAGUGAUGGCUUUCUUACGGAUGGCCAUCUUAAGUAUCUAGGUUGGUGCCUGAAUGACAAGCAGGGCAAUGUGAGGCUCACUUGUCUGAAGUCUCUACAGGGCCUUUAUGCCAACAAGCAGUUUAUUCCAAAGCUGGAACUGUUCACUAGCAGAUUCAAGGACCGAAUCCUGUACAUGGUCCUGGACAAGGAGAGUGAUGUAGCAGUUGAAGCACUUCAUCUACUUCUUCUCAUCCAGCAGAAUGCUGAAGAUGUUUUAAUUGAUGAGGAAUGUUGUCGUUUAUGCACGUUGGUGUUUGCAGCUCAUAGAGCACUAGCCACUGCUGCAGGACAGUUUUUGUACCAGAUGCUGCAGUUGCAGUAUAAGCGUGACGAUGGUUCAAGGCCUCUUAUUAUACUGCUUGUUUCCUUCUUUAUGCAGAACAAGAUGCAUGAUCAUGCAACCUACUUAGUGGACAGCCUAUGGGAUUGUGCAGCAACUGUCCUUAAAGACUGGGAGGGGAUGUCUACACUGCUGCUUGCUAAUACAAAAGAUGAUGAGGAGGAAGGACUGAGUGAUGAGGAAGAAAGUGGUCUGAUUGAAAUCUUAGUUUGCUGUCUCAGACAAGCUGCAGAGGUCCACCCUCCAGCUGGAAGAAGCAGUGGACGAAAGUUCCUGUCAGCAAAGGAGAAGAAAAUGCAGCAGCAGGACCGCAUCAGACUGACAGAACAUUUCAUCACGGUGCUGCCUCAACUUCUUUCCAAAUUUUCUGCUGAUGUAGACAAGGUUCAGAAUCUCCUUCGUGUGCCACAUUACUUCAAUCUCAAAGUGUACUCUGCCAACCGUAAGGAAAAACAUCUUGAAGUUCUUAUCACUCAGGUCAGUAAUAUAAUGACCAAGCAUACGGACCCUGAAGUUCUAGAGGCAUGUGCUUCAGUUUUUUCCAUUCUAAUAAAAGAGGAGUACACCUUUGCAAGUCGAGUUGAAGUGUCAUUGAGCCAGAUGAUAGAGGAGCUAAGUGAACGAUUCUUUCAAGAUCAAGAAGAUCUUCUACAGGGUGGCAUCGACGAGAAUGACCUAUACAACGUUGCCACUACACUCAAGAGACUCUCUGCCUUAUACAAUGCUAAAGACCUGACUCAUUUGGAUAUGUUUGAACAGUGCUAUAAUCUUCUUUCCAAGAGCUUAAAAACAGGAGAUGCUCCAGAUGAGAUCAUGCUGCCAGCUCUAUCCUGCUCAUUUCUGCAUAUCCUGUGGGAGUUGUAUAAUGUCUCCAACUCCACUCCUAACAAGGAGCAGCUGAUUCUUUUGAAGAGGCAUGUCAGACUGCUGUGUGUCAUCUGUCAAGAAUGCCUCACUUUUUUUGUGGCCGACAUAAGGGAACAGGCCUUUAUCAUAAUAUGUGACCUCCUUGUAUACUUUAAUUCUAAUAUUGUGGAGAAUGGCCAGGACCACUUGAAGCCAUUAGUGUACCAACCAUCUGUAGCUCUCAGGGCAGAAUUAGCUGGCUUUGUGGUAGAUUACGUAUUUAUGGAUAAAGAGACGGAAGAUAUUGAAGAUGCUGAGGAAAGGGAUAGUUGUGGACAGCUGGAGAAGAUAGAUCACCUUCACAAACGCAGACACCUCUUAGCCAGUUAUUGCAAACUUAUUCUCUAUAAUGUUCUGGAUCUCAGUGCUGCUACUGAUGUUCUGAAGUACUUUGUGAAGUUCCAUGCUGAUUAUGGAGAUAUUAUUAAGAAGCUAAUGAGCAGGGCCCAAGAGAUUGGCAGGAUACAGUAUGCCAAAACUAUAUGUCUGAGUUUGCAGCAGUUAUUCUCAGAACUGAGUAUGGACUUGGAAGUACAAGACAUAACCAGUAUGCAGGAAUUCAAUGACAUCAAGGAACUGGCUCAACAUCUGGCACGCACAUUUGGAAUUCACCUGAUUCGAGUCCGGGAACAAGUUUUCACUUUGCACAGGGAGGGCCUCAACUUUGCAUUAAGAGAUCCAAAUCCCAAAGGGCCUCAAUAUCCACCACUGAAUAUUGCCUUCCUUGAGAUUAUGAGUGAGUUCUCAUCCAAGAUGCUGAAACAAGAUAAAAAAAUGCUGUUGAAGUAUUUGGAUAAAGUGAUUGGGCUACAGCAGACAUCCUCUCCAUCAUUGACCAUUUACCGGAAGACUCUUCUUGUUGAAAAGGACAAAAGAUCCCACCAUUCAACGUCUGUUGCAGCUAGAAAACGCAGAAAAACACAGGCAGAGACAUCCAAUCCAGCUGAAGAUGUUACACAGUUGCAGAGAAGCAAUCUGACUGACAACGAACCAGUCCCCCUGCAUGUUUCUACUCUGUCUAGACCAGCACAUCAAAAUAAGGCAAGAAGUGUCUUGGAAACUUCGGACACUGAUUCACUGAAGGAUUUUGUUAACAGCCAGCCACUACGAAGACCUAAACAAAAAAAGCAGCCAAAACCCGAGACUCCAAAGUCGAACUCUUUAAAAACCCCAAAGAAGGCAUCACAGUCACCUCCAUCGAACUUAACAUCCCCAGAGUUACUGGAAAACCUUUUCCCUUCUUCCAUGACACAAACCCUUAGCUCUGAACUACAGCUGUUGAAUUUGAUGGGGGAGGAUGACUAUUCAGAAGCAGAGAGUAGUGAUCUGCAGAACAUGGAGUCAUCUGAAGACAGUAAUCAGUUAUUUCUUCCCUCAACUAAGUAUAAGAAAACAAGAUCCCUACUGGACCUCUUUGACAGCAUGGAUGGAGACUGAAGCCUGCAGUCACCUUGUGGCUUGACGCGCCAGUCAAACAGAUGCUGUCCCACCAUGAAGCUGCAGCACACAG